CGGCAUACAUCAUCCAAGAUGGAUGCCAAUCAUAAGGGGCCACCGAUCCUAGCCCGUACAAAGGCGCUGACUGACAGGGAGGUUUACUGGAUGAGCGAUGUCUUCUACAGAUCGGCCUUUUAUGUGGUUCUCCUGUCAUGGGUUAUAUGUUUAUCGGGGCCGCUUUUUAUGUUUGGCAUUCCUAAAUUGUUCAUGACAAGUACAGAUACUCAGACCAGCGAGCACGCUGAACAUACUGGGGACGAUGGAAACAGGAAAGAAUGGAUUUAUCGUCACCUACGGAAGAUGGAGAUGAGAGAUACCGCAUCAGCUUUCAUUAUGGUGGCCUGUGUGUUGAGAAUGUGGCCCCGUACCUUCUGUCGUAUACAGCUCUACUCAUAUACAGGCCGGGUAAUAAGAAGACGUAACCGUGUCGCUCAAACCACAGGGCCCUACUUGAAGAAAUUUCGCCAGGGUUUGCGCCACCUGGCGGAUGUUACGGAAAUUCUUCGUCUGGAGAAGGAGAAGCUCACUCGCAGGAGGAAGAAGGUCUACACGAAGUACAGCAUUGCAGAGGAGACAAUACUUCGUGAUAUACGCAGUAAGGAAAGGCUUAUCGGGUUCCUGAGGACGCAGAUGCAAUGCCAGACACUUGGGUUGAAGGAAGUAACGUCAUCGGUGAAAGUCUCGCGAGACCGUCUCGAAGUACAACGAGACGAAAACAAGUCUAUUAUAGACCAAUUAGAAUACUUUGCCCAAAUAGCACAGUUUCGUUAGUAGUGACAAGUUUUAUUCUGUAUUGGACAAGUAUUGGGCUGAAUGCGGCCCUGCAAACACAGGAUAUUGUGUGUGAGGAAGGGUUCCAUACCGUGUCAAACAGUAAACAAGGCAUAAGCAUAAAAACACGACACAGGAAAGAUUGGAUACUUUAUAUCAUAAAAUUGAAACCAUUUUGGACAGUUGUAAGAUGAUAUAUCCGGCAAAUAAAUAGGGAUCGGGCUUGUUAACGUGCAUCAUUUUGUCUUUGAUAACCAAAAUAUACGUAUACUUACGUAAACAGAUAUAUAAGUACAAAUUUGGUCAUAUCAAGGCAGUAUCCAAUCUUGUGACUUGAAAAGAAGGUGAAUUGGUGCACACAUUCUCAUAGGCUUGUUUACACGUUGUGAUAUAAACGAAGAAAGGCUUUGCAAAGUGAAACAAUCGAAAUAGGAAGCUUCCUAUUAUUUUUUUUCUACGAGGCCAAUCAUACCGGGGUUCAUAGAAAUCGUAUGUGCCCAAGAGCAUAUAUUCUCUCACGAAGCAGUCCUCGAACUGCGAUUGGCUAAUCACUUCUGCCAACUAUGUCGUUGUGCAUGUAAAUAUAGAUAAGCCAAGAAAUCCGUAAUAAAUACAACCUUAUAUU